GGUCCAACACCCACACCUUCAGGUCCACGAGGGAAUAGACAUAUCAGCCCUUUUUCGCUGCUCGGGGUUUUCUUGUCAAACUUUGCCAGGUCAUCCCAAGGUUUUUGUCUUUGCCCCGCUGCUCGCGGCUGUCAGAAUAAAUAUCGUCCUACCUGCUCUGUAUAGGUAGUUUUUUUUAGUUUACGACUAUUCUAUGCUGUUCUCGCCAUCAAAAGUCUACCUCCCAACAAGCUACUUUGCGGCGCAUUUCAUGUGUCGCCCCGCUUGGAUAUAGCAUCACCAGCAAGCGACUUGUAGUCUUUGCGCUUUGCUGUCGGGGACGAGAAAGACUUAAGAGGUUUUUUUUGUGUGUGCUUUUUUGGAGUUUUUUAUACUUGGAAAAACAUCAGACUAUUUCACCGUGUCUUGGUGUUCAAAGCUCCGUGACUCGGAGAUUUUAUGCGACAGGGCAUCCCAGGCUUGCGCGCAAUCCCGACGCUCGUUUCGUCCGUUUUUGUUGCAUUUUCAGCAACCUCCCACACCGACGACAACCACGACGAUCUAGGGAUCUCCCGGCCGUUGCUCACCAUGGGAUCUCACGGCACCGACAAUGUCGGCACCAAGGCGGUCGGCACCACCGACGUCCAAAACACGGCCACCCAUGACUCGGCAGACAUGGGCAACAACGCCCACACCGACGCCGUCGUCGGGCAGGCGCUCCACCAGAUCGAGGCGCGCAAGGUCCAUUGGUACUCGUACCUGACCACGAUCGACUUUUGGAUCGUCCUGGCGCUCGGCCAGGUGCUGGCCCUGUGCAUCACGGGCACCAACACCCUCAGCCAGCUGCUCUCCAACGCCGGCACCUCGAUCCCGGCCUUCCAGACCAUCUUCAACUACGUGCUGCUGACGCUCAUCUACCUCAGCUACACGCUGUACGAGUACGGCCCGCGCAAGCUGGGCCGCAUCUGGCUCCGCGACGGCUGGAAGUACUUUAUCCUCAGCUUCCUCGACGUCGAGGGCAACUACUUCACCGUGCUGGCCUACCGCUACACCAACCUGCUCUCGGCGCAGCUCAUCAACUUUUGGGCCAUCGUGGUCGUCGUCCUGCUGUCCUUCUUCUUCCUCAAGGUCCGCUACCGCCCCUUCCAGGUCGUCGGCAUCCUCGUCUGCUGCGGCGGCAUGGGCCUGCUCAUCGGCUCCGACCACCUGGCCGGCAGCAACGGCGGGCCCGGCGAGGACAUGCUCAAGGGCGACCUCUUUGCCCUCGUCGGCUCCACCUGCUACGGCCUCAGCAACGUCUUUGAGGAGUGGCUGGUCAGCCGCCGCCCCGUCUACGAGGUCCUCUCCUUCCUCGGCGUCUUUGGCGUCGUCAUCAACGGCGUCCAGGCCGCCAUCUUUGACCGCGAGCAGUUCGCCACCGCCACCUGGAGCCCCGCCGUCGGCGGCUACCUGGCCGGCUACACCCUGGUGCUGACAAUCUUCUACUCGCUCGUGCCCUUUGUGCUGCGCAUGGCCAGCGCCGCCUUUUACAACAUCAGCCUGCUCACCGGCAGCUUCUGGGGCGUCAUCAUCGGCAUCCACGUCUUUGGCUACGUCAUCUCCCAGCUCUACCCCGUCGCCUUUGUGCUCAUCAUCCUCGGCCUGCUCGUCUACUUCUUGUCCGGGAGCAUGCUGGGCGAGUCCAAGAAGCCCUGGCUGGGCGACAACCAGGAGGAGGGCCACGCCGGCUUCGGCACCGCCAAGCUCAAGGCCCUCAACUUGGCCAGGAAGCAGGGGCUCACUGGGACCGCUGCCGAUGAUUCUCGGUUUGCUUGAUCAGAAGGGCGAGGCUUGGGCUGUAUGAGGGGCAUGGUUAGAAGCUUGUUGUUUGUUGUGAUUUUCUCCCGUCGUUGCAGUGCGGGCAUGACCUAGCGUAUGAUGUUAUCAGUUGAGAUACCGCACUAGUUAUAUUAUAUUCGUAAUUCAAGUAUUUCGAGUCCAA